GCCUUGAUUGCUGGUUGACAGCACCUAUGAGUAAUGAGCCAGAAGGCAGUGUGUUGAGUGGUGUGGAGGAUAAAAGCAGCUUCUUCAGUUUGCUCUAGUAUGAGCCAUCAACUCGAUCUAAUUGUAAAAUCCAGCAUUUAGAAUUUCCUGCUUCCAAAUGCCGUCAAAGAAAGUGUUGAUUGUGUAUGCACACCAGAGCUCUGGCUCAUUCAACGCAGCAGCCAAAGACGCUGCUGUGGAAUUUUUGACUGCUCAGGGAUGCACAGUAGAAGUAUCUGACCUGUAUGCCAUGAAGUUUAAAGCCACUGCUACAGCUGAGGACAUCAUUGGAGACGUUAAGAAUGCAGAUCACUUCCGUUACGCAGAGGAGACCAAACUGGCAUGGGAGGGAGGAAACCUUUGUGCUGAUAUCAUGGAAGAGCAACGCAAACUCACUCAGGCAGACCUCAUCAUUUUCCAGUUCCCGAUGUACUGGUUCACUGUUCCUGCCAUCAUGAAGGGCUGGAUGGACCGGGUGCUCACCCUGGGCUAUGCCUUCACUCAUGAGAAGCGCUACAGCCAGGGAAUCUUCAAGGACAAGAAGGCCAUGCUCUCCUUCACCACUGGAUCUCAGGAGUCCAUGUUCAGUGCAAAUGGCAUUAAUGGAGACAUGAAUGUCACCCUUUGGCCACUGCAGAAUGGCAUCCUGCACUACUGUGGCUUCCAGGUUCUGGCACCUCAGAUCUUCUGGGCGCCGUCUCACGUUCCUGCUGAGGCACGCGGUACCAUGCUAGAGGGCUGGCGCACACGCAUGCAAGGCCUCCUGGGAGAAAACCCACUUACUUUCACUCCCUCAGACUGCUUUGAUGGGAAGACUGGUUACCAGCUGAAGCCUGAGGUCCAUGCCAAACAUGCCGGCAAGGAGUUUGGACUGACUGUGGGGAUCCACCUGGGCAAGGCCCUGCCCCCCAACAACCAGAUGAAAGCUGGAGUCUAAAGCGUGAAUGACUGUCAAGUUUGUUGUUAAUGAUGAUAAAUAAAAGCUGGCCAAUAA